AUGGUGAACAUUCCCAAGACGCGCAUGACCUACUGCAAGGGGAAGGACUGCAAGAAGCACACCCAGCACAAGGUCACCCAGUACAAGGCCGGCAAGGCCUCGCUCUUCGCGCAGGGUAAGCGUCGUUACGACCGCAAGCAGUCUGGUUACGGUGGUCAGACCAAGCCCGUCUUCCACAAGAAGGCCAAGACGACGAAGAAGGUCGUCCUGCGGUUGGAAUGUGUUAAGUGCAAGACCAAGCUGCAGCUGGCGCUGAAGCGCUGCAAGCACUUCGAGCUCGGUGGCGACAAGAAGACGAAGGGUGCGGCUCUGGUGUUCUAA